GUCCAUAAGAGUUGACACGCAUUUUAACUCGAAGAGGUCUCGAGUCGAACACAUUGGCUACAGACUACCGUUUUGGAUAAGAGCGGUGGCUGCGCUGAUUCAAACUAUGAGGCAAUAAAGGGAGGGAAUGAACCGGAGCCAGCGGAAGCUGAGGCUAAACCCGUUGCUCCCACUCCUUCAAACCCGUCUCUGCCACCACCUCCAUGUCCUCUCCCAUCUCCGCACCCUCAAGCGGAGACUCGCCGCCGGCGGCUCCCUCAGGUCCCCCAAGUCCUUCAAAUCCUAUGCCGAGACCUGCGCCUCCCUCCUCCGCCUAUGCUCCGCCGACGGCCACCUCUCCGCCCUCGGCCUCGCCCUCCACGGCCACGCCCUCCGCGCUGGCGUCUCCUCCGACCGAUCCGUCUCUUCCAAGCUCCUCGCCAUGUACGCCCUCGCCGGCCACCCCGCAGACCGCGACCUCUUCCUCGCCGAGCGCUGCCGGCCCCCAGACAUCUUCUCCCGCAACCUCAUGGUCGCCUACAGCGCUCGCUCAGGUGACCUGGCUACCGCUCGCCUCUUGUUCGACGGAAUGCCCGAUAGGAACGCCGUCACCUGGACUCUCAUGGUCGACGGACACAUGAAGCGCGGCAGCGUCGGUGAGGCGGCCGGCUACUUCGAGAGGUGCCCUUACAAGACCGUCAUCUGCUUCACUGCGUACAUAAGCGGGUUCGUCCUGAAUGGGCUGCACCUCGACGCCCUGGUGCACUUCCGCCGUAUGCUUGCGUCCGGUCUCAUGCCGAACGAGGUGACGUUUACCUGCGUCCUCAAGGCUUGCGUGGGAGCGGGCGAGUUCGAGCUGGGGAAGAGCGUCGUGGGGCUAAUCGUCAAGACCAACUUCGAUGGGCAUGUGUCGGUGCAGAACUCGUUGAUCACUCUGUAUCUGAGGAUGGGUGAUGUGGAUGUGGCGAGGACUGUGUUCGACCAGAUGGAGGAACGGGACGUCGUCUCGUGGACGGCCAUUCUUGAUGUCUACGCGCAGAUGGGAGACUUGAAGGAAGCGCGUCGAAUCUUUGAAGAGAUGCCAGAGAGAAACGAGGUAUCUUGGAGCACGAUGAUCGCAAGGUAUGGUCAGAGCGGGGAAGCAUUGGAAGCCAUAAAUCUUUUUCGCUUCAUGCUUCACGAUGGUCAGAGGCCGAACGUCUCCUGUUUAGCCAGUGCCAUCAGCGCUUCAUCUGGCUGUGAGAAUUUGCUCUUUGGGAGUGGCGUCCAUUGCCACGCAUUGAAGGUUGGGUUUGAAACCGAUGUUUUUGUCGGGAGCUCUCUGAUUGAUAUGUAUUGUAAGUGCAAAGACGUGGCAGAUGGACGCCGGGUUUUUGACUUGAUCCCGGAGAAGAACAUAGUAUGCUGGAACUCGAUGGUAGCAGGUUACAGCUGUAAUGAUCGGAUAGAAGAAGCUGAAGAGCUUUUCAAAGCAAUGACCAAGAGGAAUAUUGCAUCUUGGAAUGCAAUGAUCUCAGGUUAUGCAGAGAACGGACAAUUCAUGCGGGCGCUGGAAACAUUUGAUAACCUGCUGGUUUCAGAACUACCACCAAGCCAGAUGACUUUUUCCAGUGUGCUUCUUGCUUGUGCAUCCCUGUGUUCAUUAGAUAAAGGAAAGAACCUCCAUGGUAGGAUUGUGAAGAUUGGCAUUCAGCAUGAGGUUUUCAUUGGAACAGCACUUGUAGAUAUGUAUGCAAAAUGUGGAGACAUCGAGAGUACCAAGAGAGUGUUUCAUGGGAUGCCUGAGAAGAACGAGGUCUCCUGGUCUGCAAUGAUCCAGGGGCUUGCGGACAAUGGUUUCGCAGAGGAGUCCAUAACCAUGUUUGAAGAAAUGAAAAGAGCAGCAAUAGCUCCAACAGAUCCUACAUUUUUGUCUGUUCUAUUUGCUUGCUCACAUUGCGGUUUGGUUGAUAAGGGUUUGCAGUAUUUUGACUCAAUGGAAGAGAUCUACGGCAUCUCACCUAACACGAGACACUAUAGCUGCGUUAUUGAUUUACUUGCUCGAGCUGGUCAUCUGAGAGAAGCUGAAGAGAUAAUCAGCACAAUGCCCAUUAAGCCAGAAGCUAAUUCAUGGGCCGCUCUGUUGAGUGCUUGUUCCACUUUUAGGGAUGAAGAGACUGGGGAGAGGGUUGCCAAGAGGUUGUGGGAAUUGGAGAAAGAGAAUACAGCUGGUUAUGUCUUGCUUUCAAACAUAUAUGCUUCGUGCGGGAGAUGGAAAGAUGUAGCAAAGGUGAGAACUCAGAUGAGACGAUUAGGAAAGAAGAAGGUGGGAGGGUGCAGUUCAAUUCAGAUAAGAGAUCAGUUCCAUACAUUCUUUAGUUGGGAUGUAAUGCAUCCAAAAUCAUCAAAGGUAUACGAUGUUUUGGAGUUAGUGAUGUCAGAAAUGACAGAUUAUAAAUUACAACAUACCUGAUUCUACUAGUUCGAUGUAUCAAUCGUGUGUCAGGAGGCCACAAUAAGCAAAAGGCUGCCUGUUCUCAUGAAAGGAAUGAUUGAUGAGUUCAAUGGAGUAAUUAUAAGCUGAUUUACUAGAAUCAAUAACCUUCUGAAUUCACAACAUUAGUAGAGAAUAAUUGUCAGUGAUUAUUCUUUUAAGUGAUGAUAUGCGAUAAGGUUAUUCCAAUUCAUGUUGAUUAGUAACAUGCUGUUAAGACAAACUUUCAAGUACAUGGUGAAGUUUAAGGCUCUAGGGUUAUUGAUGCUGAAAAUCUAGUGAUAGUUUUCACUGAUUACAGAAUAGGACCUAAAAUUUUAGUCAGCAUGCCUUGUGUUCUUCACCACAUCUCUAGAAAGGUUAUAAUGAGGUCAGAAAUGCGAUGAAAGAGGUGGGUAUGAUGAUGCUGAUUCUUUUGAAUUCUAAAGAAUGGAUCUUUUGCACAUGGAGGGCCUUAAAUAAAAAUUCAGAGGAUGGUAUUCAAAAUCACUGGCAUGAUAGAUUUCAGAUCAUAAGCCUUCUGAGCAAGGGACUGAAUCUUUAGAUUUUGGGAAGUCCAGAGAGGAAAAUAAGGAUAGCAACCAGUGCACCAAAGCCUCAUUGGUGUUGUUAAGUUGUUGAGGCUCAAGUUUCUGGGGUUCAAUCAUAAACAUUCUAUUUCCUGGUUGGACUGUUAGAAAACAAUUUUUUUGGAACAGAUGGCAACUCCUCCUAUGUGCUCAGCAAGUCACAUGCUUGCCUCUAGUGGAACUAAGAUUAUUU